CGCGCGCAACGGGGCGGGGUUUCGAAGGGGGCCUCAUUCCAAAGCGAGCUAGAAGGGGCGGAAGCGGUCUGUGGACAAGCGGUGGCUUCGGUGCUUAAGUUUCCGAUGACACAGAGAACCGGAGAGGGAAAGUGAUCUCUCCAAAGUCAGUGCAUUUGUUAGAGUGAGACAAGUCAAAGCCUCACUGCAGAGACCAAAAAUCGACUUCACUCUUGGAAAGAGAUCCUAAGAUCUCAGCAAAUUAUCCUUAAAGGAAAAAAAAAAAAAUGCCUAAAGUAAAAAGAAGCCGGAAAGCUCCCCCAGAUGGCUGGGAGUUGAUUGAGCCAACACUGGAUGAAUUGGAUCAAAAGAUGAGAGAAGCUGAAACAGAACCUCAUGAGGGAAAGAGGAAAGUGGAAUCUCUAUGGCCUAUCUUCAGAAUCCACCACCAGAAAACCCGCUAUAUCUUUGACCUCUUUUACAAGCGGAAAGCCAUAAGCAGGGAACUCUAUGAAUACUGUAUUAAAGAAGGCUAUGCAGACAAAAACCUGAUUGCAAAGUGGAAAAAGCAAGGGUAUGAGAACUUGUGCUGCCUGCGAUGCAUUCAGACUCGAGACACCAAUUUUGGAACAAACUGCAUUUGCCGGGUUCCCAAAAGCAAGCUGGAAGUGGGUCGCAUCAUCGAGUGCACACACUGUGGCUGCCGGGGCUGCUCUGGCUGAGGUCACCUGGCCCUGAGCCCUCUCCAUCCUGGACUUCGGACCUUGUGGGUUCUUACUGUGCCACCCCCUUCUUGGGAGCAACUCUUGGAGUGGCGCCCUGGGCCCUAGUUGGAGUGUAGUCUCUUCAGGUGAAAGCUUGGUAUUUACCAGCUGUGAUUUGUAACAAUAAAACCAUUAAGCCUCUUG